AUGUGGAUCCCCAUCUUGGUAUCCUUGUUAAUAUUAGUUGUAUCUUCAAUAUACAUGCUGUUCAAUAGAGAAGAGGGGGAGGAAAAAGAGAUCAAACCGGGCCCGUUUAUUGGAGGUCUAGCCAAUGAUGGUAAUACCUGUUUCAUCAACUCAAUCAUCCAAUCGUUGGCCUCCUCAACUGCGUUUACAGACUUUUUAAACCAACAUGACAAGACCUUCAUUAAGACACUGAACAAACUGCUCUCUGAGUUGAACGUCCAUCGAGAGAAGUCCAAGCUGUUUUCCACAAAACCAUUGCUGAAAGUGAUGAACGAUUCGCCAAGCAGGCAUCUCUUCUUCGGGUAUAACCAGGAAGAUGCCCAAGAGUUCUACCAGAACUUGAUGAAGCAGAUCGAGUCUGAAGUGAAGGAGAAGGACGAGAAGGAAGAAGAGGACGAGAAGGAGAGGAAAAAGACUCCCCUCAACUUGGUUACCCCCGUUGAUGGCAUACAAACUGAAGAAAUUAAAUGCACUAACUGUGGUGAGUCUAGCGGUAAGAGAAAUACAGUUGUCUCCGGUUUAUCGCUGUCGAUACCGAAAGGUACCCGACACACAUUUGAUUUGAACGAGCUGCUCGACGAGUUUGUCAAACCAGAACUGAUUGACGGUGUCGAAUGCAAUAGGUGUACGUUGACCUACGUCAAGGAUUCACUAGAAUCGAACUUACAAAACAUAGACAAUGAGAAACUAUCCCUGAAAAUUAGGGAGAGAAUCGACGAAAUCAGCAAAGUUCUAAGGGAAACCACCAUUCCCGACGAUGUGUUUCAGAAAUUCUCUACAACAAACAUGGUCAAGCAUGUCACCAAGGCCAAAUCUACAUUUAUAUCAAAACCUCCUCCGUUACUCUGCAUACAUAUAAACAGGUCAGUUUACGACCCAGCGAGAGGUAUGGUAAGGAAAAACUCAUCAAAGAUCAACUUCCCUAUAAAACUGGACUUGAGCGAGUACAUGGCGCCAGACUCUAAUGAAGAUUCAAGUUACACUUUGAAAAGUGUGGUUUCUCAUUGGGGGACCCACAACUAUGGCCACUAUACUUGCCACCGUUGGCAUAACGAUAACUGGUAUGCUAUAAGUGACGACGAGGUCUCUCUAUGUACAGAGGAAAACGUACUCAAGAGUGACGGCACUUAUAUGCUAUUUUACGAAUUAGCAAACAAGAGUAUUCUUCAUCCAAACCUUUAA